CUUGCGCCUUCAGGUCCUUUUUCUCUCCCACUCUCUCUCUCUCUAUCUGCCUGUUCUUAGAUCGAGACUGUGUUUCGAUUUCUUAAUCAAAUCUCGUGUUCUAAGGAUUUGAUUUAUUCUCUGUGAGAUUUGUUAAAGAGGAGGAGAAGGAGGAGAUUGUGAAGAUGGUUGAAAAGACUAAGAGCAGAAAGGAGGAGGUUGUUACUAGGGAGUACACCGUCAAUCUUCACAAACGCCUUCAUGGAGUCACCUUCAAGAAGAUGGCACCAAAGGCCAUAAAGGAGAUUAGGAAGUUUGCCCAGAAUGCCAUGGGAACAAAGGAUGUGAGAGUAGACGUCAAGUUGAACAAACACAUCUGGAGCAAGGGUAUCCGCAGUGUCCCAAGAAGAGUUAGGGUUCGCAUUGCUCGCAAGAGAAAUGAUGAUGAAGAUGCCAAGGAGGAGCUCUACUCACUCGUCACUGUAGCAGAAAUUCCCGCAGAAGGUCUCAAAGGUUUGGGCACUAAGGUCGUUGAAGAAGCUGAUGAUUAGACUUUUCGCUGAAAUACCGUGUUUAUUUUGUCUAGCUAUUAGUAUAACUGGAAGGAAGUUUUGCGAAUAUUAAGAUUUUAGUUCUUUCAGAUUGCUUUUCUUUUUGGAUUGAAUUCUUAGUUUUCAAGGUUGUAGCAAAACAGCGCUUCUUUUUCUUCCCUAAAGUUAACAAUGAGGUUUGCAGUUAUAAUGUCAGGCAGAGAAACUGUAUUUGUCAAGUUAUUGUAUUCCAUGUACUGCAUUACAGUCUGCCAGGGAAAGAAAUAGAAAUAGAAAUUGUAUUCCCUAGAGAA